ACAAUGUAUCUACUUAUUCUAAUGCUACUUUUUGUAAAUUCCAAUAUUUUAAUAUUUGGCCUUCCGCCAAGGUCAACAUAUGGUCGUGAUCGCUUCAAUUCGAAUUCACGAUGUGUUGAUACGGAAACGGGUCGUGAACUUUAUGUUGGUGAUUCAUUUACCCGAUCUGGCCGUUGUAUAAGUGUACAAUGUUUGGAUACACUGGAACUAUGGGAAGAUAGAUGUCAAGUACCCAAAUUGGAGGGCAAUUGUACCCGUGUACCGGUGGCAAAUGAAUUUCUCGAUUAUCCACGCUGUUGUCCGACCUAUGAGUGUACCAAAUAUAGCAUCGAUGAUAACAGUUAUACCUAUGAGACGAGAAUCUAUGAUCGUUACGGUCGGCUACUCAAGGAACAUAUAACACAAAGUUUAAAAAUAAUGGUUGAGGCACCGCGACCGAUGGUACAAAAUUAUCGACACAUUGAUGGUUGGAAACGAGACUAUUCAAGGCCAUCAAAUGUCGCAAUGAAUACAAAUCGUCGAGAUAAUCAAUAUCAAAUAAAUUAUAAUUAG